AUGUGCGGUGUCACCGUGGAUGUGCGGUGUCACCAGGGAUGUGCGGGGUCAUGGGAAAUGUGCGGUGUCACUGGGGAUUUCAUUGUCACCGGGGAUUGCGUUGUCACCGAAGAUGUGCGGUGUCACCGGAGAUGUGCGGGGUCACCAAGGAUGUGCAGAGUCACCAAAGAUGUGCAGGGUCAAUGGGGAUGUGCGGUGUCACCGGGGAUGUGCAGGGUCACUGAAGAGGUGCAGGGUCACCGAAGAUGUGCGUGGUCACCGGAGAAGUGCGGUGUCACCGGGGAUGUGUGGUGUCACCGGGGAUGUGCAGGGCCACCGAAGAUGUGCGGGGCCACCAAAGAUGAUCUGGAUAUGCCGCCAUCAUCUACACAUGAAAAAAGCUGCGGUAACCCUGGGGACAUUGAGUUUGGGACAUUUGAACUGAAAAAUGGAGAAGCCUUUGAAUUUGGAGCUACAGUUGAAUACUCCUGUGACUCUGGGUAUCAAAUGAUUAGCAAACAUAAAUCUAUUGAGUGCACAGCAAGUGGUAGAUGGUCAAAAGCCCGUCCUCAUUGUGCAGCCCGGCUAUGUCCCCCAGUGGUAGAUGACAGUGUAAGAGUUAUGACCUUCGUGUCUGAUGAUGAAUUUACAGCAGGUCAUGUAAUAAAACUAGAGUGCAAAAAUCGAAAUGAUAAACUCAAUGGACCAUCCCAAAUUUACUGCACAUCUAAUGGGACAUGGAGUGAAGAUCCGCCAACAUGCAAAGGUCCAUGCAAAGUACACCAUGACAAAAUGAAAAAGCACAAUAUACGAUUAAAGAAUAACCGAAUGCAGCAUGUUGCACACAAUGAGGUGAUUCAAUUUGAAUGUGUUCUUGGAUAUGAAAUAUCAGACCCUACAAACUUUACUACAACCUGCAAUGAUGGAGUGGUGGCAUAUCCCACGUGUCACUUGAGAGAUGACGAGAGGGGAGGUAUUCUGUCUUAA